AUGCACAGCGCGCCCGGCGCCUCUCUGCAACGGCACGGCGCGGGGAAGAAGCCAUUAAAGAAGCCGUGGUAUACGACUCCAGGACGCAAGCCCACGGCCGACGGCCAUCAGACGGGCGAUGGGAACUCUCCGACCGAACCCACCAAGCCGGCGAACCCCUUGCGCCCUGACCAUCCCUCCGGGCGUGCUUCGACGUCGACGGUCAACCACAGGGCAUACGUCAAGCCUCAUCCCAAGGACCUCAGUGCUCACACCCUCCCUCGUCGGCGAGUGACAGCAACGGACCAGGCGCCCCCGCGGGCUGGCAGCAGAGGUGGCGCCUUGCGCGGCCCACUGGGCUGA